AUGACCAGUCAGGAUACACGAGCAAUGUUGAGCGGAGACACCGUGGAAACCUACCAAGAACAUGACGAUGACGAUAAGGAUUCGCUUGGUGGUGAAAUGGACACGAUGCUCCGAGAUUAUCCGACCACAUUGACAACUUUUGAAACCACAGCUAUCGCACCAGAUGGAACUGUGCAGACAAUCUCGCGCAGAGUUGAAACACGGCGUGGUAACGCCGACGCGUUCUUCAGUUUUCGCAUAAGUCACGUAGACACUCCUGGAGUUGAGCUUCGCUGUCACUGUGAAUCAAAGGUUCUGAUAUUUCUUGGUAAUGCUUUCAGGACUAUGAGCGUGAUGUCAGAAAGCUGACA